UCGUGGGGGCAACAGCCUAAGCAGGGAAGCCCAGACUUCCCUCUCCCCAGCCACUUCGUCCAGCUCUUCCCGGGGGAUCCCGAGGCGUUCCCAGGCCAGCCGGGAGACAUUGUCUUCCCAACGUGUCCUGGGUCUUCCCCGUGGCCUCCUACCGGUCGGACGUGCCCGAAACAUCUCCCUCGGGAGGCGUUAGGGUGGAGGUUGGCAUCUUUGAGGUCUUUCCCAUGACGAGACAAUUGAAGCACUCUUCGGUACAGUCUUCGAGUGCCUCCAGAUUUUCCAUCCAUUUCCCACCAUUGAGGGAGGACAUCGCUUCGCACAGAAUUGCCAUUGUCAUCAUCAUCAUGGCCACCCUAGGUUCUGUCCUGCUGCCACUGGCUGCGGUCUUUGCCUUCACAGUCCCCAGUCAUUGCUUCCGUACACUGACCGGGGCGUCCUUUACUCACCGCAACAUCACCGAAAGAGCAAUCCUCAGAAAGACGGCUGAAGUCUGUCAAGACAUUGCUGCAGUAAAUGGAGAUCCCUUCGACUUGAUUAUUGAUGACAGUCUGACCCCUGAACAAGUAGUCCAGGCGUGCUCCCCGUCAGCCAGCGUUGUCUCCAGCGUUGCCUUCACUAACGCCAUUGUCGACAUUUACCUAAGCAACGCCGAUGUGGAUUUUCUGUUCGCACUCAAUGCCGAGUACCAUUUUUACAACGAGACCUUCGAGAUGGGACGGACCUUGAUCACACGAGGUGUGUCUGCUGUCAAGGACAGUACAGACAUGGGAAACUUCAUCACAGCGCGAUCUGUUCUUGGGGAAGUACUUCACACUCUGCAGGACUUCUACAGCCACAGUAACUGGGUGGAGUUGGGGAACACGGCCCCUUACGACGCCUUGAUCACACCUGCCCUACCUCUUGAAAAUUUAGCUGGCCCAACUGUUCCAACUUGUAGAAACUGUAUAGGUGACGACUGUACCGACAACAUUUUGCCUGCUGUGCUGGAUGGGGGCCUUCUCACAUCCGGAUACUUUAACCGAUUCUUCCCAAAUAAGCCUGAAGGUAAAUGCAGUGAUGGAGGUCCUCUAGACAUGACAAGCACACAGGAACCAGUGGGAGGCAUAAACAAGGACACCUUCGACUCCAGGCAUGGCUUUCUCCACCAAGAAGCAGCCGAUUUGGCUCUGACAGCUAGUUUGGAUCUCCUGGAGAGCAUCAGAAUAUGUGUAGGAGACCAGGACUUUCUACGGCUGGUAGGCCUUUCUUUUGCCCCUGUGCUAUGUUUUGUCAUCGACACAACAGGCAGUAUGGGUCCGGAAAUAGCUGAAGUGAGGAGAGUUUCCAAUAGCAUCGUCGCAAGUCGCUUGGGUACUGGUCUGGAACCUCCAUUCUACAUACUGGUUCCUUUCAAUGAUCCAGAUUUUGGACCUGUGCUACAGACGACCGAUGCAACUUUUUUUAUGGAGCAAAUCAAUUUGCUGACUGCCUCUGGAGGAGGUGACCUUCCAGAGUUUAGCUUGUCUGGAUUGCGGCUGGCCCUGACUGCGGCUCCGCGCUUUUCUGACAUCUUUCUCUUCACUGAUGCUCCGGCAAAAGAUGCUGUCCUAAGAAGCGCCAUCCUUGCCCUUAUAGCGAACACCAGGUCUACGGUGACAUUCAUGCUAACAGACGUCCUGAGUUUUAGGAGAAAAAGAGAACUUGAAGGUUUGGCACCAAGGAUUGUGACUCAAGCACAGGCUGAGUUGUACCGGGAAAUUGCUUUGGCCUCUGGAGGUCUGACCAUCGAAGUCCCUAACUCAGAUCUCUCAAUGGUUACAAUUGUUAUAGAGGAUUCCAUAGCCAUCGCCGUGGUGACUGUUUUUCAAGAUGUGAAGAAUCCCGGAGCGCCCUGUAAUUUCUCAUUUUUCAUCGAUGACACACUAAGCAACAUAACUAUCCUCCUCACAGGAACGCCAUCUCUCACCUUCACCCUCCGCAGCCCCACCGGUGCAACUCAGACCUCCAGUGAGGUCAGUGAACCUCUGGCAUCUUUCAGCUUGGCAGGUAACUUCAGACGACUGAGGCUCAACAACGACAGUGAGACCGGACUGUGGGAAAUCAGUGUGAACUCCACUGAUCCCUACUCUGUAAAAGUCAUAGGUCAAAGUUCACUGGACUUCAUCUACAACCUUGUGGAAAUCCAGGAUGGAGUCUCCACAGACUUCUUUCGGCAAGAAGGCCGACCAAUUUCAGGGGGUAACCUCAGCCUCUUGGUCACACUGACAAGAAGUGACGGUGUGAGUGUCACACAGGUCUCGCUGUUAAACACCUUGGACGGCACAGAGGUCAACGGGACAUUGCAGCCUGUAACAGAUUCAAACUACGUGGCGACGUUCAGUAACGUUACAGAAGGUACACAUGUGGUUGUACUGAGAGGAACAACAAGCAGCUUAACGUCAAGGAUGACGCCAGGCAGCUUCCAGAGACAGGCCCCCACUCAAAUCAGGACUUCCAACAUUGUUGUCAAUGCUCUACCUAACACCACCAUCAUAGAAGCUGGCUCUUCCGUCACCAUCCCCUUCACUGUCGCCCUGACCAAUGGUGGCGUCAUAGACGGUGGCGCAAUGGAGACGUUCACGGUGAGCGUCACCAACGACCGCGACUUCCCAGUAACAUCGCCCAGCACGGUCACCAUAGGAGCCGACAGCGGCGGGCUUGCCAGCGGCACGGUGACCCUCACCGCUCCUGAAGAUGCGUUGUCGGGAACGGACGUGACGCUCACCAUUGCGGCGGAGGACGCAGCUGCCGUCAAUAGUAACGAUGUCGUACUUAGGUUUUCUGUCUUCAGGGUGUCAGAUAUCGCUCCGCCAGUGUGCCUGGCUAAUACAUCCAGCGGCUGUCCUGCAGAUGAAUCCCUCUGCAAAUACUUCGUGUGGGACUUCACGGCCAACGUGACCGACGGCAUCAACGGGACGGAUGUUGAAAUCACCAUUCUUGAAGGGAACGGCACCCUGGAGACGAGCACAGAGGUCGGGCCAGACGGCGAGAUCAUCACUGUGGUCUCCUACACGGCCUCCUGCUGUGCAAACCGAGUGGUGCUGUCCGCUGUGGACAACGCAGGAAACGUGGGCCGUUGCGUGGGCCAGGCCGACGAGGUCGACGUCAUGCCCACCACUGAAUGGAACGUCGUUGUCAAAUCCAAUCAAGUUUGUUUUCGGGGCAGUAGAGUAUUUGUUGCUAAAUAGAGUGAUUGGGGUAAACUUGGGAGGAGGUGGUGGAUAAAAAAGGCAACCCCCAAACUAAGGUUGUCUUGCAGGGGGUGGCGGCGGUGGUGGUGGUGGGUUCAGUUUGAUACUAGAUCAGACCUGGGCAAUUAUUUUACUCGCGGGGCCAGAUUUACAUAAAAAAAUGUGUUUGGGGGCCGGUAUAUCUAUUUUUAGGCACACUAAUACAAAACCUCACAAUAAUGAUUGCAAGCUAAAAACGUUAUGACAGACCGCCUUAAAAAAACGGAAUGGAAUUUGAAAUGUUUUCACUGAAUGAGACAGCCCGAAUGUACAUGAAAAUAAAUAAUGUGGGAUUUACAAUAUUCACUACGAAUGAUAAAACACUGAAUAUUAACAACACAUUUACAACCAACCGAAACGCAACCCUGAAAAGGUUGGAGUGCCAUCUCCGGGUUGGGGAGGAGACCCUGCCCCAAGUGGAGGAGUUCAAGUACCUAGGAGUCUUGUUCACGAGCGGGAGAAGUGGAUCGUGAGAUCGACAGGCGGAUCAGUGCGGCAUCUUCAGUAAUGCGGACGUUGUACCGAUCCGUUGUGGUGAAGAAGGAGAUGAGCCGGAAGGCAAAGCUCUCAAUUUACCGGUCAAGCUACGUUCCCAUUCUCACCAAUGGUCAUGAGCUUUGGGUCAUGACCGAAAGGAUAAGAUCACGGGUACAAGCGGCCGAAAUGAGUUUCCUCCGCCGGGUGGCGGGUCUCUCCCUUAGAGAUAGGGUGAGAAGCUCUGCCAUCCGGGCGGAACUCAAAGUAAAGCCGCUGCUCCUUCACAUCGAGAGGAGCCAGAUGAGGUGGUUUGGGCAUCUGGUCAGGAUGCCACCCGAACGCCUCCCUAGGGAGGUGUUUAGGGCAUAUUUUUAGUAUUGCCGGUAUAUGGAGCUGUGGCCCAUAGGAAUAAUGUCUCCCGGCUGGCCUGGGAACGCCUCGGGAUCCCCCGGGAAGAGCUAGACGAAGUGGCUAAGGAGAGGGAAAGAUGGGCUUCUCUGCUUAGGCUGCUGCCCCCGCUACCCGACCUGGGAUAAACAUAAGAAAAUGAAUGGAUGGAUGGAUGGACGAAACGCAACCAAAAUGCAACAAACAUAGUGAAAAAACCCCCACCUACAAUCUGAGAUAUCUCAUAGUGACCAUAGUACGUAAUUAGAUGACCAUAGCAACUAAUUAGAUGACCAUAGUAACUAAGUAGAUGACCAUAUUAACUAGUAUAUGAUGCAAAUUCCAAGCAUUGGAAGACUUAGUAUAGUUGAAGACUUCUGGUCAUUAGAAAACAUCACUGCACAUCAUAUUGGCAGCUACACUUUCCAUCUUUAACAUCUAAAACAGUUAUUUGGGAAUGUCCGGCGGGCCAGAUUGAAAAGCUCCACGGGCCGGCCUUUGAGGGGGCAGAUUGUGCGGUGGUGUUAUCCAAUUGAAACUGCAGCCACCCAAGGCGCUGCUUCGCUAGCCAUCAUACCACGGGGGGUGCGGGAUUGGUGUCGGGCGUAUGUGUUCUUUUCUGAAUUGUAGCAGCCCAUAAGCUUAGAAGUCGCUCCAUUUGGCCCUUACAACUUAGCUGAAUGCUGUGGAGGCGUCGGAGAUCUAGUCCACCAGAGUCAAAAACAUCCUAAGUGUCCUUGAAGGAAGUGGGGAAGGGAUUUGAGAGUGUCUUUUGAUGCAGUAGAUUCGCUGGGUGAGUUUACAGCAUGACUUUGCUAAGGCCAGUGUAGAGUGAGCCAAAUUGUAGAUAAAAAUUGUUUUGGUUAGGGCGAGCAGAUGCAUUUAAAUAGGUUCAUCUGCUCGAGUUGACAGUUAUCGCGCUCAAAUUGGUCAUACUGUUGUCUUGCAGAGCAGAAAGCUUCUCCGAGAUGUUAUCCAGUUUGGGAUUUAGUUCAAAUUAUGAGUGCCCACAGCUGUGUCAAUCCUAUCAAUCAUUUCUUGCAUCUUAACAAUUUGUCGAUACACCAGGGCAAUGCUUACUCUACUCAGCAAAUGUCCUCUUAUAGGUAGAUAGCUUCAACGUCCUCAACUCAAAGAAUCACCAGGCACACGACCCUCCAUUUCUCAUUAGAGUCCAACGUUUAUUAAGCAACUGGACAGGCAGGUUUCCACCAACCCGGAAAGAUCUGGUCAAUUUCUCUGGAGGGCCCAUUUGAUUAAUUCCAUUCUUUGAAUUUUGGAGAGCUGUGCAAAAAAGAGGCUCUAAGAAAGUUAAGACAAGACAAAUUAAAGAAGCAAAAGCAGAGGCAACAAGGGAGAGAGAAGGGAAGCAUCGGCCUUCGUUGAGAGCCAGAAAGAAGAAUAAAGCUAAUCUUCAACAUAUUAUCUUAUCUCGGGGUUGCUUGUGUUGCUUUCUUAGAUGUAAAAUGUGCAGGAAAAUUGUUUUUUUUUUUAUACAAUAUAAUUCUAUGCCUCAUGACUUUGUAUUAAUCCGGUUAUUGCAUUUGAUGUACUCAUUGAUGGAGUUUGAGUUGUAAUGUGAGUUUUGUAUGGGAGGUCAUUAUUUGAUAUGAAUAAAUACAUGUAACUUCCA